UGUCUCAAAACAAGAAAAAACACCCAACACCCAACCCUCGAUCCAGAUCCCCUCCACCGCCGGCCUCCCUUCCACCUCCUCUCUUCUCCCAACCCACUUGCCGCCGGUGAGUACUAGCACAUAGAGGGACAGGAGCCUCCUCCCUCUCCUCCCCCGCCCCGCCGAUCGUAAUGGCCGCCACGCACCACCGCCCCCUCCACGCCCUCCUCGGCGGCGGCGCAGUCGCCGACCUGCUCCUCUGGAGGCGGAGGAACACCUCCGCGGCAGCCGUUGCGGGCGCCACGCUCUUCUGGUUCCUCUUCGAGCGCGCCGUGUACAGCCUCGCGUCGGUCCUCUCCAACGCCGUCCUCCUCCUCGUCGACAUCCUCUUCUUCUGGGCCAAGUCCGCCUCGCUGCUCAACAGGGUUCUGGUGGCGAUGCCGACGGUCGUCGAGAGGUUCGUGGACUGGACGGUGUCGUGGCUGCCGAUGUACGAAGAGGCGAAGCUGCUGCUCGUCAUCUACCUCUGGCACCCCAGCACACGGGGUGCGGGGCACGUGUACGAUGGCUUCCUCCAUCCGCUGGUGGCGUGGCACGAGGCCGACAUCGACCGGGGCCUGCUUGAGCUGAGGGCGAGGGCGAAGGACGUGACGGCGUCACAACUCAAGGCGGCGGCUGUCAUCGGUCAAGUGUGGCUCGGCGAGGCUGCCCGCUGUGUUUCGUCGCAGCUGCAGGCCGCGAGAUCAGGCCGGGAAGGUGCCACGCAUUGACGAGUGAGCCAAUUUUUGGAUCGGACCAUGACAACGUGUCUCAGUCUCUGACGUCUAGAAGUAGUUUUAAAGUUUUGAAUUUGCAUGGCAAGAACCACUUACGUAGGUAGCUGACACGCACAACAUUGUGUUUACACUCUUACUUAUGUAAAAGAUAUGAAUUAUACACAAGUUGCCUCUACAAUGAGGAACUGUGAUAGUAAGAUACGGCAAUUGUGUGAUA